CACAUUAACUGCAGCGCAGAUCAGAGGAGGAGUGCAGUCAUGAGAGGGGAAGGGAGAGGGAGAGAGGAAGAGGGGAACGUCUGUGUUGAGCAAAUGUGUACACGGUGCGUCUGCAGUGAAUGUUUGUGAGUGGAAGAGGAAAAGAGGCAGCGAGUGUGAGAGCAGAAGGGAGAGAAGCAGCGGACGUCUUGGUGGGAGCUGAAAGGAAGGAUGGCUGGUCAUGUUUGAACUGCUCCAGAAGCUAACAAAAUAAGCAGAGCAAUAGAAACACACUGAGGGACGCAUUUGGUUCAUCAUUUGUGAGGAGGCAGAAAAGACUUGGCAAUGCCUGCUGAAGUGAAAGAGGAGCAGAGUUUGGAGGGUCCAACUCCACUGUCAAUGUCCCAGGAGGCUAAGGAGGCAACCAAUGAAAACCCGACGACGGCUGAUGAACUGGACACGCCCACUUCCAUUGCUUCGGUGAUGACCUCAACUAAUGAAAGCUCCACAGAAACUGACACUCCACAGCAGACUGACUCUGAGGAGUCCAAAGCUGUGGAACAAGAGGGUGAAAAGGCUCUGAGUGAGACCCAAGAGGAGAUUAAAGAGGAGAAUGUCCUCCCAUCAGAUGUUCAUGAUCUCACAUUGGCUCAGGAGGUUAAAGACAACACAUCUACUGAGAAACCCAUUCCCAAAGUGAAUGCUGAGCCCUCUGAAUUUGUUCCAAGCUCAACAACCAGCGACACAACCACAGCUCAACCCCAGCCAGUGCUGCAGCCUGGUGAGCCUCAUCCUGUAAAAGCAGAUAGCCAGAACAGAGUCUAUAGCCGCCCUGAUGCCUUCAGGGGCAUCGGAGGUGACAUCUGCACGGGAUAUGGAAGCCUUUCUCGUUUCAGCCUCCACGGCUACUUGCCCACUAAAAACUUCCAGCCUGGCGCUCACUACACUUUACCAUUCCUGAGGGACAGCUACCCCUCCACAGGCCUCAGCAACCAAAUGGAAGAAAACAGAGAAAAUCCUCUGGAUGUAAAGGCUGACAUCCCAGCUGCCAGUUACCAUACACUGGGAAUCCAUCAGUUUAGGCCAAUUACCACAAUGGAACUUCUUCGAGAGCCUUCAAGAACCAGAAGUGGCUAUGAUGAUGCUUUUAUGGCCCAGUUGGAGGGGAACCUGAAUCCUUUCUUCCAGGCCAUGUGCCGAGCACAGACCUUGCAGAUACCCCACAAACGCAGCAGCAUGAUAAGCCUGGACAGCAUCCGAAGAGACCCACGCUGGAGAGACCCCAACCUGCACGAGGUGAUCUCAAUGCUCAGGCACCCAAUGGACCCUGUCAAGUCCAAUGCAGCUGCCUAUCUGCAGCACCUGUGUUACGAAAACGACCUGAUCAAGCAGGAGGUUCGGCAGCUGAACGGGGUGCCGAUUCUGGUGGAGCUGUUGGACCAUCCCAAGGCUGAAGUCCAUCGCAAGGCCUGCGGUGCUUUGCGCAACAUAUCGUAUGGAAAAGACCACAACAACAAAAUGGCCAUCAAGAGCUGUGAUGGCAUCCAAGCUUUAGUUAGACUGCUGAGGAAGUCCAGCAGCUUGGAAGUCAAAGAGUUAGCCACAGGCACUCUGUGGAACCUCUCAUCACAUGAACCACUCAAGAUGACAAUUAUCAACCAGGGACUUCAAACUCUGACUGACGAAAUCAUCAUUCCACACUCAGGCUGGAGGAGGAGAGACUCUGUGGAUGCAUCUAAACCGCUGAGUGCCGAGUGGACCACCGUCUUCAAGAACACCACUGGAUGCCUGAGGAAUGUCAGCUCUGACGGGGCGGAGGCUCGGCAGAGAUUGAGGGAGAGUGAGGGACUGGUGGCAGCUCUCCUGCAUGCCCUGCAGUCAGCGGUCAUUAACAAGGACGCCGACAAUAAGUCAGUGGAAAAUUGCGUCUGCAUCCUUCGAAACCUGUCCUAUCAUGUUCAUAAAGAGAUACCAGGAGCUGAACGAUUUCAGGAGCCCCAUGCUGUCCACCUGAUGAGAACAGUGGGGCAUCAGAAGAAGAACGAGCCAGAGUGUUGUGCAGGCAAAAGACCCAAAGAAGAGUGGUUCAGUCAAGGUUGGAAAAAUGGAUUUAUGGAGAGGAAAUACAGUACUCUGGACUUACCUAAAUGUGCAGAACUGAUAAAAGGCCUGGAUCUGCUGUACCAGCCAGAGGUGGUGAGGCUUUACCUCUCUCUUCUUACCUGCAGUCACAACCACAACACCCUGGAGGCAGCCGCAGGAGCACUGCAGAACCUCGCUGCGGGACACUGGGCUUGGUCGAGCUACAUUCGAGCCACUGUGAGAAAAGAAAAAGGACUGCCAGUUUUAGUGGAGCUGCUGCGCUCAGAUGUUGACAAAGUCGUGAGAGCUGUGGCCAUCGCUCUUCGCAACCUCGCCAUUGACAGAAGGAAUAAAGACUUGAUCGGAAACUACGCACUGAGGGACCUUGUUGCUAACUUGCCCUGUGGGCAGCAGCACCCCGUGAAAAAUCUUGAGGGAGAUACAGUGGUGUCUGUUCUGAACACGAUAUAUGAGAUCAUCACUGAUAACCCUGAGAACGCACGAGUGUUCAUACAGGGUCACGCUGUGCAGAAACUGGUGGCCAUAAAUAAGUCAAGCCAAUCAGCACGAGAGACCAAAGCAGCUUCGCAUGUACUUCAGACAAUAUGGGCCUACAAGGAGCUGAGGCACACCUUGACCAAGGCUGGGUGGAAUAAGAGCCACUUUAAGCCGACAGCUUCAGGUGUAACUAAAAAACCCAAGAAUGGAAAGCAGAACAGUGACGACAUCACAUUGCCUCUCAUGGAGAAAAACGAAGAUGUGUAUUCUACCUUAGAGUCAAAUGACAGAGUUGGAGACGGAAAGGGGCCUGUUGUAGAAAGAGAUGCUCUACAGGCUAUAAGUGAAAGAAAACACUUCAUCAGAGCUGGCAGGCCUGCAGUGGGCCUCAUGGAUAACAAACCUCCACCGCUGGACUCUUGGGUGUGAACUUGACAACAAGUCCAGUCAAACUUGUUAAAUCCUGUAGAGACACUUUCUGUUGGUGAAAUGCAAAUCUGUGUCAUCUGUUCAUCCUUGUAAAAAUAUUUUAAAAAGCUUAUUUGUUUACAGAACUUUAUGUGCCAAACACUUAUAUGUAUUUAAUCCGGAGAUUAUUUGACAAUAGACUUUAUUGUUUUAAUAUUUAGGAUGACUUCUGUAAGCCUGAAACAUGCAACUGUUAACAUGUAAUGUAUGAAAUAGCCCAGAUAUGCAAAUUGUGGUGAAUCAUGACUCCAAAGAAUAUAACAUGUACAAAGUGAAUUUGACAGCUUAUAUACAGCAUACAAAUAGUUUAAGUCACUUAUGGAGCUUUUUUAAUGUCCACUUCUAUGAUUCUGGACUAAUUCUGAUCAGAAAAGUCUCAAAACAUUUUUUAGUCUCCGAUAAUUUAAGCGUACAGAGUCCUUCUUGGCCUAAUCACCCAAAUCAUUUGGAAAUCAGUUCAAUUUUGAUAAACCAGAGUGGACACAAUAAAACUUAAUUGUAUUUGUUAUACAGAAAGGCAAAGGGGGAUUGUACAUGUGUAACAAAGGACUGUUAAUAUUUAAAACAAAGGCAUUUAUACAGUAAUGUUUAUUGUAAUACCCAUGUUAAUGAUUAAGAGCUAUUUAUGUGUCUUAGCUAAUGCCUAUAAAUGAUACAGCUCUGCUUUGCAGUGGUCCUUUUUGCAUUGCAAUGUUGGAUGACAAUGAAAAUAAAUGCUGUGCAUAGUUUCUCA